AUGUCCAUGUUCAGACCAGCCGGAGAGAUCUCCUCAUCGGAAUCAGAAUCAGAACCAGAACCAGAAUCAGAAGCUGGAAACUCCUCCAGUCAUGAAGUGAAGCCAGCGAGGGCUAAAUCAUCUGAUCAUACAAGCAAUCAACUUGACUCUGAUCAAUGGGAUGCAUCGACUUCGCUUGAAGAUGUAUCGACAGUGUCUCAGGAUGCAUUAGACACCAACAUAGAAGGACAUGCAAAUGUCAUGACCGCUGCAUUACUCGAAUUCUACUGCCAGACUCGAGCCGCCGAUAUUCUAAACGCCCAGCCAGGCUCUAGUCGAAAUUUUACCCGUCACAGCCCCGAGGUACAGUACCUUGGGAAACAGCUUUAUAAAUACAAGUCUCAAUUCUUAGCAUCGCAUGGUGUGAUGCCAGAGGGGAUUGAUAAAGAAGAACUCGGUGCUACAAGACAGAGCUAUCGUGAUAACCUUGAUUUACUUGGUCUCUCUGCCCUGGAGAACAUCGACUUGAAUCAAUCGCCUGUGCGGUCACCUAUCGAAGCUGGCGAUCAGCUAGCUUUGGUGUCUAGACUGCCACAAACUCAACACGGAGCGAAUGAACUCAACAGUCAAUUCUGGCGAAGGGAGGAAGAUGGUGCACAGCUUCCACCCAUUGAAAGCAUCGGUGUCCUUGGAGGAGUUCCGAGCAUUCCAAGAAAUCUUUCAAACUCUUCAAUACCUCUGUUUGGAAGUUCUCCAGUCAGCGUACCUCUAUUCAAUGCCCCUGCUGGACCAUCAUACAAUCAUAUGUCUCGUUAUUCUGUUGAAUUUAGUGAACUAAAAAUCCUGGGCCGCGGGUCAUUCGGAGAGGUAUACCAGGUCAAGAAUCACAUCGAUGGUCAAGAUUACGCGGUCAAAAAAAUCCCUCUCAGCCAACGGCGACUUGACCAGCUACAAUAUGGCGGCCAAAACCAAUUGGAAUCCAUCAUGAAAGAGAUCCGGACACUUGCUCGCCUCGAACAUACGAAUAUUGUUCGUUAUUAUGGCGCGUGGGUCGAACAGGCACAUGUCGCGAAUCACGCACCUUUGAAGCCAAAACCACAAGCGAGAUACGAGAGUUCUCACCUUCAUAUGCCCAGAUAUGGCGCGAGCAAUGAACCAAGUAUGGGAAUUGUUUUUGAGAACUCCGAAAAUUCCAAUAUGAGUUCACACACAAGCUCUAUUCCAGAUGAACAUGGCUUCCGCGACAGAAUCGAACGUCUAGAUAGCCAUACGACAACAUCUUCCCGCCACACAAGAAAAAGCUCAACCGUCGAGUUGGAGGACGAAGAUGACAUAGAGUCCAUACCUCGAAAUUUUAACAACCACUCCCAUGGACAGACUUCUACCUUUGGAGAGACCGACGAUAUCUUCACAGAUGGAUUGAGUCAGGAUCGUUCAAAAAUGUUACAGCGUCACUAUGGAUCCCAGAAUCAACCACCAGCCGUCAUACUCCAUAUCCAGAUGUCACUUCACCCCAUCUCUCUCAAUUCUUACCUGAACGCACAGUCAACAGAAAGGAGCAGCGAUGCUGCCGGAUCUCCCUCCAGGCGCCACUGUUUCCACUUAAUGCCAUCUUUACGCCUUGUUCUCGACAUUCUUUCAGGCGUAGAAUAUCUCCACUCAAAAGGAAUUGUUCACCGGGAUUUGAAACCUGCCAACAUAUUUCUUUGCUCCCCUGAAAAUUAUGCUAAAGACAAUUGCACAUCUUGUACCGUGGAAACAGAUCCAAAACCUGUUGCUCACUACUGUCGUCCUCGAAUCGGAGACUUCGGCCUAGUAGCCGACAUUUCACAUCUCAAUGAAAACUCACCAGAUGGCGCGAUGACUCCAUUCCUCGAGGGGCCCAAGAUUCAGCGUGUUGUAGGCACUGAGUUUUAUCGACCACCGACUACGAACUCUUCACCAGAGGGAGACACUGAUUAUUUUGAUGAUUACAAGAUCAAUGAGAAACUGGAUGUUUAUGCUCUCGGCGUCAUCCUCUUCGAGGUCGUUUAUCAGCUCAAUACCAAAAUGGAGCGCCAGCUAGUCUUGAAUGAACUGACUCGUGGGUCAGUCUCUCUUCCGCGAGAUUUUGCUAAGAAGAUCGAUCAUGGCGAGACACGGUUGGAUACUGGGGAAAGCGUGGCUGAUGCCUUGGUGAUUUGUAUCAAUGGCAUGUUGGAGCGUCGAUCCCAGCUCCGAUGGAACUGUGAAGACGUCAGAGAACAUUUACGCUUGAUCUACAAAGCUGUUAAGAAGAUAUAA